AUGAUGCCUGGAAAUCACCACCCUGAAGAAUACAGGAUUGCAUCACUGGUCUUCUACAGCUUUAUAUUCGCAGUGGGAUUGUUAGUGAAUGCCACUGCACUAUGGGUUUUCAGCUGCACUACCAAGAAGAGAACAACUAUAACUGUAUAUAUGAUCAACGUGGCACUGCUUGACAUAAUUUUUAUCUUUUCCUUGCCUUUUCGGAUAGUCUACCAUGGGAAAGAAACAUGGCCUUUUGGAGAUGCAUUCUGUCGGUUCAUCAGCGCUUUGACUGUAUUUUAUCCAGCCAUUGCUCUGUGGUUGCUUGCUUUUAUAAGCGUAGACAGAUUUAUGGCUAUUGUCCAGCCCAAGCACGUCAAGGAACUGAAAAAUACAAAAAAAGCUCUGCUGGCUUGCACUGGAAUCUGGAUAAUGACCCUUGCAACAACUUCCCCACUGCUGUUUCUACAUUCUGAUCCAGACAAAGCCUCGAAUUCUACCACCUGCCUCAAAAUGCUUGAUAUCAUCCAUUUAAGGGAAAUAAAUAUGUUGAACUUUUCUCGAUUGAUAUUUUUCUUUUUGAUUCCCUUGGUUAUCAUGAUGGGGUGUUACCUCAUCAUUAUUUACAAUUUUAUCCGUGGCAAGACUUCCAAACUGAAGCCUAAGGCCAAGGAGAGAUCCAUAAGAAUCAUAGUUACUCUGAUUGCUCAAGUACUCGUCUGCUUUGUACCCUUCCACGUUUGCUUCGCCUUCAUGAUGUUGCAGGAUGAAGGUACAACUUACAAUCCCUGGGCAGCCUUCACCACCUUCCUCAUGAAUCUCAGUACAUGCUUGGACGUUAUACUGUACUAUAUUGUUUCUAAACAGUUCCAGGCUAGAGUCAUCAGUGUAAUCCUGUAUCGCAAUUACCUUCGAAGCGUGCGCAGGAAGAGUUUUCGAACUGCAAGUGUAAGGUCACUCAGUAAUGUGAACAGCGAAAUGAUAUAA